AUGCAUGUGAUGGAAGGUCUUGCACGGGCCAUCUUAGAAGAGCUGUGCCCUUCUCCGCUAAAUGUUCGGCAACGUCAUGCUGCUUCCACGCUGCGGGGGCCUCCUGGCUACCUGAACGCCGAACGAGACGCUCAGGCCUACGACCAGGUGGUGAACGCCCCCCACAAGGCUGAGCUCUCUCACGAGCUCCUCGCCGGUGCCGCUUCCUUCGAGGCCAUGAAGGCGUACGAGCGCCACUGCGCCGCGAACGGCCAACCCACCUCGCACGCAGAGGCGAAGGAGCUGCUCGCUGGCUUCGCUGGUGCCUUUGUUGACCGCAUGGUCGAGACCAAGGGUCUUGACUAUGUCGACAGGCAGAAAGCCAAGCGUCACGCUCACGAACAGACUGUUGAGGUGGUCAACGAGGAGAACUACAACGUCUACUGA